CAGCCGGCCAAUUCGUCGUAGGCCUUCUUGAUCCCCGCCCUCGUCGAAUAGAGUUUCCUUACUGCAGUGCGGCACAACCGAAGCACGGGCAUCCCGAAAUGGAUUAGCCGCGGGGGUGCCGCGGGACCAAGGUAACGUUGACAACGCUCGUUCCCCGACCUCGAGUCCUCUUAACACAAUGCUCUCUGAUCAUGUUGAUGUCCAUGGUCUGGUGACGGUAAUCACCGGUGCUUCGUCCGGAAUCGGUUUGACAGCCGCCCAUCACCUGGCAAAACAAGGUGCCAUCCUCGUCGUCGCGGAUCAAGACAAUUCAGCCGUCGCAGAAGCGGUAAAGAAGAUCACCGCAGCAACUCCAGGCGUCUCAAUCCUCGGCUCAGAUUGUAACUUGACGUCCUGGGAGGAGCAAGCAGAACUCUUCGACAACGUAAAGACGCUGUUCGGACGGGUGGACAUCGUCCUUGCUUUCUCGAAUGCAUCAAACAGCGGACAAUCUUUCCUCUCCCCACCCAUCUCCUAUGAACCACGCAAACCAGACCUCGCCGUGCUCGACAACAGUUUCUCCGGCACGCUGUACACGAUAAACUUGGCCCUACACUACUUCCGUACGCAGGAACCUCUCCAUGAGCGAGGUCAUAAGGGCACGGUGCUGGUUGGCUUCGUUGAUAAUGCUGAAACCACGGAUCUUCUCCGUGAGGCGAGUCGUGAGGGCGUGCUUGCACUGGUGAGGGCGUUCAAGACGGCGGCGGAGAAUUCGAAUGCACGGUUGAAUGGGAUUACUGUCAAUGCUGUUUUCACAAAAAGCGACGCAAACGAUGUGAUGCUGGAGAAACUGGAGACAGCAGUGGUCAACCGGAGCAUCAACGGUCAAAUCCUCGAAGCCUAGAAAGAAACCACCAUAAAUCAGAUAACCACCCCAUAUACCCAAGUC